UAUUUUGGAUCUCCUCCACUCUCUCACCAGCCCUUUUCCCCUCAUCUCCUUCUGUCUCAUGGAUUUCUUCUUCUCAGUCUUCCAUUGAUUUCUUCACCGCCCAUGCCUCUCGAUUCUCAAUCGCCACACUUCCUGGGUGUUUAUUUCAAAUUUUUAAGUUUUCUCUAAUCUGUUCAUCCCCAAAUCAUGACUUUCAGAUGAUUAAAUUCAUAAUUUCUUAUUUUUCCCAACACUCUGGAUUCUGGGUUCUGGGUUCUUCUCUGUUUUUGAAAAUUUGCAUAUAAUCCGAUCUCGGUUUUGUUUCAAUUGAUCAAAAAAAGAAAAAAAACCAUUUUUUGUAAAAAUUUUGGUGUUUAAAUUUCUGGGUUUCUCCGAAAAAUGGUGACUGUGAAUCUGGGAAUGCUCCAUUAUGUUCUGGACCAUGUGUAUGGUGCAUUCAUGCACAGAACGAAGAUAAGCCCUCAAUUUUUUUCGAGAGGGUGGGGCGGCUCAAAGCUUGAGUUGCUCGAGAGGAUGAUAAAGCAGCUUUUCCCGGAAGCAGCUGGCCAGAAUUGGCCUCCCGCUGUGAUCCAACCCACUUGGAAAACUGUUUGGGAGAGCAAGACGGCUUCUCUCAGAGAAGGGAUUUUCAGGACGCCUUGUGAUGAGCAGCUUCUCGGUGCAUUGCCUCCUGAGAGUCACCGUGCAAGAGUUGCAUUUCUUGUUCCGAAGUCGGUUCCUCCUCAGAGAAUGGCCUGUGUUGUUCAUCUUGCAGGAACUGGGGACCAUACAUUUGAACGAAGGUUACGUCUUGGUGGACCGUUGCUGAAGGAAAACAUUGCUACUAUGGUGCUUGAGAGCCCUUUCUAUGGACAAAGACGUCCUGUAAUGCAGCGUGGGGCAAGACUCUUGUGUGUUAGUGACUUGCUUUUAUUAGGAAAGGCAACCAUUGAAGAAGCUCGCAGUCUCUUGCAUUGGUUAGACUGUGAGGCGGGAUUUGGCAAGAUGGGUGUUUGUGGACUUAGUAUGGGAGGAGUACAUGCUGCGAUGGUUGGAUCACUGCACCCUACACCUGUUGCAACCCUUCCUUUUCUUUCUCCACACUCAGCUGUUGUGGCAUUCUGUGAGGGAAUAUUACAGCAUGCAACUGCAUGGGAGGCACUGAGAGAUGAUCUUGCAGUGCAGAAGGCUGCAAUGACUCUCGAGGAGGUGAGAGAACGGAUGCGCAAUGUCCUGUCUCUCACAGAUGUCACACGCUUUCCGAUUCCAAAAAAUCCCAAUGCUGUGAUAUUUGUUUCUGCCACUGAUGAUGGGUACAUCCCGAAACACUCUGUGCUAGAGCUUCAAAAAGCUUGGCCGGGUUCAGAAGUAAGAUGGGUCACUGGCGGGCAUGUCUCAUCUUUCCUUCUCCACAAUGGUGAGUUCCGGAGGGCCAUUGUUGACGGACUUGACAGAUUGCCAUGGAAGGAGUCUCCAUUGUGACAUUAGCAUCACUUCCGAGGACGACCCUGCACUUAUUCUGAUGUGGUAAUCUUCACCUCUAAUUUACACGAAACUUGUAAAAAGACUGGACAUAAUUGACAUGUGAAACACCCCCAUAAAGAAUUGGAAAACGGGUUCUUCGUUCAUGAAAUAUCCAUUUCCUGAUGUAUUUUCAAAUCAUCUAUUUCCUGUUGUAUCUGAUUUCCGACGUGUUGGACAAUGUGCUGGUUCAGGAACAUUGUAUAGAUAAGAUUUACCAGCGGAGUUUAUUAUGUUUCUGCUUUCAACAAGUAAAUUAUCCGCCAAAGUUUGUUCGCUCAAA